UAUGAAACGUUUUUGAAGGGAGAGAAGUUUGAAGACAGGUAGGCGUGGACAAUCUUCAGUGCCUUCUCAUGUGUUCUUUUAUACUUCAGUGCCCUUGACACAUAGUUUGAUUUCACUAUUCUAUUAACUUCAAGGCCAACGAUUUAUGUUGAAUCUCUUUAUUUGGAAGGGCAAAAACAUAUUGGGGAGGAGAAAUGUUCGUUGACUUAUGGAAGAUUUAAAUAGCAUGCAGUACAAUUUGUCUAGACCGUAGCCUAUUGCGAAGCAAGAGAAGUUGAUGCAAGCCAAUUGCCAACGUGCUUGAUCAUUGGUAAGUUACUCAACGUGAAGGAUCAAUUUCAUUCAAGGGAAGUCGCUUCUACGAAUUGGAAAUCAAUUUUACCUACAGUUCUGCAAACUCGUCGCGCAGUAGGGCUCGUCAUUUUUUGACUUUUUUUUUAAAGCAAUGGUGGGCAGACUAAACUUGCUGAAUGUAUGUGACGACGAGCCAUUGGACAUGAGUUGCAAAGCCGAGCGGGGACUUGACAGCCCGGACUCCGGACUACCUCCCAGCCCCAGUCCGAGCCACUGGCUGCUGACUGAUUGCGGGGAUAAAGGUGCCAUAAGCCCGGUGUCUGAAGACGAGAGGACAGGGUCAUCCUUGGUCCCUAUUUUAUCGAUUGGAUCUGUUCCUCAGCUGCACACGUUGUCCUACGGGGAGGGCAUAGAACUUGAUCCACUACCGUCCAAGGAAAUACGAUACACAUCGUCUGUCCACUAUGAUUCAGAGUGUCACUUUAUCCACGACGUGGCCAUGCAGCCCAGAGGCCUGGGUCUGGAGAACUGCAGUCAGACGUUCCUGGCUGUCCCUCACAGCACCUGGAGACACUACAAGACCCAGCUAGACCUCCAGCCUCGCCAGCGGGCCCAGCAUUUCCAGAGCACCACCAUUGUCUACCCCAAGCACGCUCGCACCAUCUACACCACAGAGCUGAGCUACGACAGCCGCCGGCUAGCCAGGAGAUUCUUGUCGAGCGUGGAGCUGGAGGCUGCUGACCGGAGAAGGCUACCCCAUUGAGGUUAGGGGAAGGCUGGGCACAGCCUGAGGGAGAGGGCCCUGUGGGGCCCAACCAUCCACCAGGCCGACGCCACACAUGGACCCAGGUUACACAGUCUAUUAGUUUAGAUUGGUACUCAAAUGUGGGCUACGAUACUUUCCAGUCUCCAGGAGGGCAGAAGAUGGAAGCCAUAUCUCUAGAUCUGGAGUAUCAAACAAAUAGCAGGGACAUCUGAGUGAGGCUGCCAUCUACCAAAGUGUUGAUCCAUUAGUAGCUAGUAAAGAGUUCUCUGGUAUGUCAAAGUUGGAUUCAUUUUAACCAUGUGUUGAACUGUGGACUGAGACAGGUGAUGGUGUACUGUAUACUAUCACCAUGGAGGCACUUAGAAACCAGAUUUGGAAGUGAAGGAUUGUUAGGGAAAUGUAGUCUGGACCAUCACUGUCAACAUUCUGUGUUUAGGCCUAACCAUUGCAGUGGAGCUCAUUGAACAAUGAUCCAACAAUAUAAGAUUCAAGGCAAUAGUGGAGUUUCCAUGUGAUUUUUGUAAGUUUUUACAUUUGUAGACAUGGGGAGUUGUCAAAUUACUGUCUAUGACUGGGCUUCAAAAUGGCUUGUCAAAUCAUGGUAUUAUGGUGUAUUUGUUGCACAAUAUUACUUACCACAAGCAGAAUAUAUAUAUUCCUGGAUAGUGUAACACCGAGCCAUGUAUAGAGAUGUAUGAUCCUGGUGUAACACCAAACCCCAUCGAAGUCUUGCCUAAACCAACAUUGUCUACUGUAAGUAUGGUCAUGGAGCAGAAAGCCACAGCUUUUUUCAUAUUGUGUAAGAGUUGCAAGUUCUGUGUUGAAAGGUGGGACAUUUUUCUUCCCACAGACCAUUGCGAAUUGAAGAAGUUUGUAUUAGUUGGUAAUGAGUAGCGAGAGAUUAUCAAAUGUGUCAUUAUUGUUUUCAGUUAUAAAGUUUUUGUAUUUUCCUAAUAGUGCAGUCUUGUUCUUACUAACACCUUAUGGACUGUCCAUAAUCUUUGCCUAUCCUCUUCUGGUUGCUUCCAGAGGUUUAAUUUAGUUACGCAUUUAUUUGAUGCUAAUAAACUCCUUUUGGUAGCCUAAUAGAUUACUAUUAGUCUACCAAACACAGGUAACUUCCCUCAAGUUCCUACAAGGAUACACAUCUAGAGGACCUGAACUGUCUUGAGAUACCCAAAGGGCCUUAUUGAAGUAAAAUGAUUUCGCUUUUAAAGCUCUGUUUUUAUAGUGUUUGUUUCAAAUAAAGACCAACUGUUUUAUAUCA